AUGGUGAGGAGGAAUUUGGGGAAAACAACGAGGAUGAGGAGGAGGAAAAAGGUUAAUUAUCUGAUUUCAUUCCUGUUGGUGUUGAUUUUCUCAUUGAUGUUCGACGUCUUCUCUGGUGGUGAUGGUCGUCGGACACGUUACAGUUUUGUUGAAGGCGUCGUUGGAAAAAGCGAUGGAGUUCUAUUAGUCGUUGCUUCCUCAUCAUCAUCCUCACCAAUUUCUAGGUGUAGACAUUGUAAAAAGCUUCCACCUGAAUGGAAGAAGGCUGCAAAGAAUUUACAAGGAAAGGUGAAGCUUGGAUAUGUGAACUAUGAUGACGAAAAGUCUUUAAUGAGCAGGUUUAAGGAUGUGAUGGAAGAGAAAUGUGGUUCAGCUACCAUCUGUUUUGUUUCCUUCCUCCCUGAUAUUUUGGACUCUAAGGCUGAGGGAAGGAAUAAGUAUAUAGAGAUUCUUCUAUCAGUUGCUGAAAAGUUCAAAAGGAGUCCUUACAGGAAACACUUCAGGCUUCUCCCCUUUGGAGUUCAACCAAAAUUAACAUAUGAUGAGAUGAAAAUUCUUAGAAGACUUGGAAGGCCUUUACCAUGUCAUUUUUCUUUAGGUGAGGCAGUCUCUAAGUUCUGUGCCAAGUAUCUUCACCAGAUGUGUGGAGAGCAUAAAGAUUCUGGAAUCCUUAGGCAUGGCUUUCUUGCAUCAUCUUCAGAAGAGGCAGAUUCUAUUCAGAAUGCAUCAUUGAAGCAAAAUGGGAAAUCAGAAGCUUCUUGCUCAAAAACUUUGGCCCCACAUAAAUCGACAGCAGUGGGGUUUGAUGACAAGAUGUUGCUUCAUUCUGAAGUUGAAAGGAAGUCUCUUCCUCAUCCAGAAAGACCAGAUCGUCUUCGAGCAAUUGCUGCCAGCCUGGCAACUGCAGGUAUAUUUCCUGGAAGAUGCCAACCGAUUUCAGCAAGAGAAAUUACACCCAGGCUGGCAGCAGGGUUAUGUGCUGACCUGGCAUCAGCUAUAUACUCGGGGUGUGCUAAAAACGGGUUUGCACUGGUGCGUCCUCCAGGUCAUCAUGUUGGAGUGAGACAAGCAAUGGGAUUCUGUCUGCAUAACAAUGCAGCCAUUGUUGCAUCAGCAGCACAAGCUGCAGGAGCAAAAAAAGAUGUACACCAUGGAAAUGGAACUCAAGAAAUAUUUGAGCAGAACAAAACAGUGUUGUAUAUAUCCUUACAUAGACAUGAAGGUGGAAAAUUCUACCCUGGUACAGGCGCUGCCCAUGAGGUGGGGUCCAUGGGUGGAGAAGGGUAUUGUGUAAAUGUUCCAUGGAGUCGUGGAGGAGUUGGGACCAUAGUCACAGGAUUCGCCAAAGUAGUCACGAUCCACGUUCCAAACGGCUCGAUCCCAAACGGGGUACGAUUGCGUAUCGAUCGCCAACAGAAACGCCCUCCGGGUUUCUUGUAAGAUGAGGGUGAAUGCAUCAGACAAACAAAUUUGACAUAUUAGUGCCUUGCAGCCUCUCAAAGUUCUUGCAUUCAGGUUAUUCUUUUAGAAAGAAAAUUGUCAAAGGUGAUUGUCAAAGGAGAAUUUAUUCAAG